AUGCGGGACGUCGUGCGGAAGACGGUGGAUAAUAUGCGGGAUCGGAAUAUUCUCUUUUCGAGGGAUGGGUUGAGGGUUGGGGUUAGGGGGUUUGGGAGUGAGCAGGAUUAUAAGGAUUUUGCGGAGAGUCUCCUAAUGACUGUAUGGAGUCGUACCUCGGAGUCGUUGCCGGUUCAUCGUCGUACUAAGCAUGGGUUGUUGCAUGAGCGUAGUCACAAGCAUAUACGUAUGUACAUGCAUAUGCAUAUGCGUCUUGAGUCGCAGUACAAGGCUGUUAUCGUGGAUGCGGAGGAGGAUAUUCAGAUUGAGAGUAAUGACGGGGGGUACUAG